AUGCCAGUAGGCCAGUACAUCGAGCAGCAGGCCAGUGGGUCUAAGUCCCAGUUUGCGCCAGGCCACAAGAUUCCUGUGCAACAUUUGAAAAAGCCAGGUCUGCAGUCUGAUAUGGCAGACCCUAAGCCGGUGUCUACUCAUAUUCCAACUGAGGACUACGGCUAUCAGACCUAUAAGGCUGCUGGCAAGCUGGAAGGAAAAAGAGCAAUCAUCACUGGUGGUGAUUCUGGCAUUGGCAGAGCGGUUGCAAUCUUGUUUGCAAUGGAGGGUGCAUCAAGUAUGAUCAACUACUUGCCAGAAGAGGAAUCGGACGCGCAAGAGACAAAGAGGCGGGUUGAGGAGCAUGGACAAAAAUGUCAUACUCUCGCCAUGGAUCUCCGCAAGAAAGAGAACUGCCAAAAGAUCAUUAAUACGGCCAUGGAAAAGAUGGGUGGCAUUGAUAUCCUUGUGAACAACGCGGCAUUCCAAGACAUGUUGAGCGAUAUCAGCGAGCUUGAUGAAACCCAAUGGGAGCGAACCUUUGACACCAACAUUCACUCCUUCUAUUACCUAUCCAAGUAUGCUCUUGUUCAUAUGAAGCAAGGUGCCACCAUCAUAAACUGCGCAUCUGUGAAUCCUUAUAUUGGCCGAGGCGAUCUCCUCGACUAUACUUCCACCAAAGGUGCAAUUGUCGCAUUUACUCGCGCCUUGUCCAACCAGCAGUUGAAGAAAGGCAUUCGGGUCAAUUGUGUCUGCCCAGGUCCAAUCUGGACUCCUCUGAUCCCUGCAACAAUGCAAACCGGCCCGAUGGAACAGUUCCAUGCAGUGCCAAUGGGUCGACCGGGUCAACCCAGCGAGGUCGCGACAUGUUUCGUCUUCCUUGCCAGCCAAGACAGCAGCUAUAUCUCCGGACAGUGUUUGCAUCCCAACGGAGGUAUGAUGGUCAAUGGAUAG